ACACUAAAAAAAAAAUUCACAUUUUUCAACCCGAUCGAGAAAAGUCAAAAAAACUUAUGAGCAGACAGAUAUCAUAGCUGUUAAUAAUAGUUACUUGUUUGUCUUUAAAUAUAUAUUGAAAAUGUCUGCCAUUGUCGCUAGAGCCACUGGUUUCGUCAACAGUAUUGUCACUAAAACCACCGAAGUUGCCAACGGUGCUGUGUACUGGGGUAAAGUCACUGCUGAAGUUGGUAAAGUUGUUUAUAAGAAUGAAGGAUUAGCACCACCAUCAAGUGCUCAAUUCCAACAAGUUUAUCAAAAUGCUUUUAAAUUUGUUCAAUCUCCUGAACAACAAAGAGCUUUCCUUACCAAGGCUGCUCAAUUCAAACCAUCUAAGGAAUGUGCUGUUAAGGCUGCUGUUUAUGGUACUCAAUUAUUAGCUUUCUUUUCUGUUGGUGAAAUAAUUGGUAGAAGACAUGUCUUUGGUUAUCCAUCUAUUGGAGGUGGAGCUCAUCAUUAAAUGGGGAGAAGUGAUUAUUAUUUCUGAGAAAACAUAAUCCCAUUUUUGCAUUGUAUAAUAAGUGAAUCGUUGUGAUCUGGAAUCAGGAAUUGAUAAAAUGAUUCCGGAGUUAUCGAUUCAAUUUGAAAAAAGUGUAUGUCGAAUAACGUUUGUUAUUUGAAAUUUCCUUUUUUAACAAAACUAUUCUUUACUAUUAUCUUACGGUAUUUCAUAUAUAAGAUCAAAAUUAGAUGAAAUUUUUAUUAUUUAUUUUCCAUUCUGUUAUAAAUAUACAUUUUAUUUAGAAAAAAAGACAUUAUU